GCCUCUGUAGAAAUACAAUCCAUUUAUCGCCUCCGGUCACACAGGCUCCCUCAACCGGUCAACACAAAGUACUGUAGGUGACUUCGCGUCUGUUUUUCCCCAGAUUUCCGCAGUCUUCAACAAAAUGGACGUUUCACUACACAGAAAUAACGUAGCAUGGCGCUUCUAGCGGAAGCGUGUCAUGUACCGAGCCCGGAAAUGUAGAGUUUUGCUUGGAACGCAGAAGACAGAAAUGUUUCUACACAGAUGACAUAGCCAGCCUGAGUAUGGGGCUUCGUGUGCUGCCCGGGAUAAUAUGUGGCGUAUACGUCUUGUGUAUGACACUAGGCACUAGAGGUAUUGAAAAUGCAGAUGUUUAUCCAGAAGGUCAGGCAGAAAUUCUUCAUAACACCAUACCUACCCCAGUUACAAGUAGUGUCCAGUACAAGACUGCUGAGAUUGCAGAUGCCAUGCAAAGUUGUGAUAUCCAGCCCGACCCAUCUGUGCUGCUCUCCAUGCUACAGGACAUGAAGAACAGAGUUGGAGGGGAUCCAGCAUGUGACAGUGCAACUGGUAGUGCCGAUUGUAUCUCCAGUGACAGCACGCAUAGUAAUUCCGGCAAUCAAGUGCGAAAAAAAAUCCAGAAUAUGGAUGCUGGUACUGCAGGUUCAGAUCAAGCCAAGACAGAUGACUCAAACACCACAGAUAGCAGUAAGCCUCUGAAAGUUAACUGUGAGGACCGCAACAUCACUAACAUGGAGAACUUUCCUUUGCAGAUCCUUAAUGUUUCUCAGGACCUUAUGGACUUUCUUAAUCCAAACAGCAGUGAAUGCACCAUGGUUUUGUUCUUCACCCCUUGGUGUCAGUUUUCUGCUGCCCUAGCCCCUCAUUUCAAUGCCUUGCCCAGAGCAUACCCAACACUGCAGUUUUUGGCACUGGAUGCGUCUCAGCACAGCAGCCUUUCCACUAGAUUCGGUACAGUCGCUGUUCCAAACAUCCUGUUCUUUCAAGGGGCAAAGCCAAUGGCACGGUUUAACUACAGUGAAAGGAACCUGGAAUCUUUCAAGUCAUUUAUAUUUAAUCAGUCAGGCAUUGAAGCAAAACCGCAUAUUUCUGUGAAAGAAGGGGACCUUGAAGGUCCAUUACCUGGUACUCCACAGGCUGGAAUAGACUGGCUGCUGGUUUUCUCUGUAGUCUAUGUGACCUCUUUUAUUGUUUAUGCCACUAUGCAAACGGAUAGGAUUCGUUGGCUUAUACCAGGACAAGAGCAUGAACAUCAGGAAUGAUUCUCUUAAACCAAACCUCUGAGAUACCGCAGAGAAUGUUGACAUACUGUUUUAAGACCUCUGUAUGGAUCGUAUCAAACAGUGAUCAGUGGAGGAGUGAAAGUUGUCACUUGUUUUUUCCAUUUUAAUGUAGAGCUAUUGGAUAUGUUCACAUACUAGAUCAUUGUUUUUUUUUUUUAAACAACCCCUUCAAUGGUUUCAGGAAUAAGCAAAACAAACAAAACUAUUUGCCAAGAAAAGGGUCUGAAGGUGGAACUUAUUUUACAGGACUGAUGUCUUAUAAAUAUACCUUGGAAAUAGAAGUAAAAAUGAAUUAAAACAUUUUGGUUCUCAUAAUUGUACUCUUACCUUUUAUGGUAUAUCAAACUAAGGUGGAAUAAAGCAUGCGUCUUUAGAGAAGUUUUUUUUUUUUUCUUGUAAGGGAGCUAUGUCUCCACAUAUGUCACAUUUAAUAUGUGAGCUGCCAUUGAGAUCAUUGGAUUGUUGCAAGUCCAUGUAAAGACACCAGCCCUUAUUUACAAAGAGUGGAGUGUAGGUUUCUUUGUGGGUUUUAAUUCCCCCACAAUUUAUUUUCCACGGUAUUUACUAAGGUUUCCCUCCAUUUUCCACUUUCCCUACACUUUCCCUCAGCUCAAAUCCACCACAUUUUAUGUGGAAACCUUAGUAAAUAUGUUGUUUUUUUUGUGAAAAUGUCAGGAACACGCCCUUUUUCAGAGACCAUGCCCCCUUUCCCAUCGGCCACGCAUCUUAGCAAAAUGAAGAGUUAGUCGGGUGUUUUUGUUAGCAUACAAGGUUUGUAUUUAAUGAGCAACAGCCACUGUAUGUCAUUGCUGUGUGCCUACUACAUUGUAUGACCACUAGAUGGCGGUGUUACAUUUGUGAGUUCAUGUUUUAUCUAUGCCUCAUAAGUAAUAAAAGAGUUCCUGUUGCAGUGUUCAGUGAAA